UGAGUAGAAAUCAUUUUAUCCUUUUCAUUCCCAAAACAUGAAGAUAACAUGUGCAAAUAUAUAACCUAUCCAGGAUUGCCAACUUUAUUUUUAUCCAACUCAAAAGCCAAAUCCUUAUUUUGAAUAUCGGCUUUCUAGAGAUUUUAGAAAGCUUACAAUAAAUUAGAGCAACAACUGUGGGUAAUCUAAAGUAUCUACAGUCACAAACAUUUAUUCAUACUCUGAUAGCAUUUUUUUAGACUUUAUUUGGUUCAGAGAAAAUACUGGUUGUGCAUAAUUCGAGAAACUCUGGGAGACAAUUCUUGAUAUUCAAAUUGUUCCUGCCCCAUGUGGAAAUAUUUUAGAGGUUUUAUGAGAGCUAUGCUUCGAAAGCUAUAUUUUGACAAGGAAAUCAGAUCAGCAGAAAAUCAACACUUCAAAUUGAUUUAUGAAAUGCCAAAGAAUUAACUUAAGCUUAAAUUUGUAUAGCACUGUCUCUGGCAUGUACUGAAAUAAUAAUGGCUAGAAGGCAUUUGCCAUAAGUGUUCAAUUUAUGGGAUUUAUUACAAGCUAAUCGCUGUAUGACAAGCAUUCACCUAUGAAAGGGAGAGGGCAGGAGAGGGAGAGAGAGAGAGAGAGAGAGAGAGAGAGAGAGAGAGAAAGUGAGACGGACUAAGAGAGAAACAGCCAGAAGGCUCUUACUGACCUAGUUCUAAGCUAGCUCUUCAGUUGCUGAGUACUGGCUAUAACAGGGACCCUUGUGAGAAGAGGCAAAGAGGCAGACAUUAAUAAGAAGAGAAAGACGAGGAUAGUAACAGAAACAGGAGAAGUUCAUCAAACUGAAUAGCAGCUGUUGACAGAAGAACCAUGUCUAGUCGAAGGGCAGUGAAAACAAAGAAAUCUGCCAUUCCAGGAGUGACCAUCGCACAAUUUGUGGAAGAUGUUCCCAAAGGGUGCACCACCCCUGACUUUGAGAGGAAGCCAAUUACCUUAACAUUAUCAGAAGGUAAAAACGCAAUUUUCAGAGCUGUGGUCAAGGGUGAACCAAAACCAGAGGUGUUGUGGAAGCGCAGUACUGGGAAAAUUGAUGAUCCUGAUAGAUACCAGACAACCUUCAUCCCUGGGACAAAUGAGUUUACCCUUCAGAUAAACAAAAUCACACAAGAUGAUGCUGAUGUAUACCGUUUUACGGCCGUGAAUGAUUAUGGGGAAGCCGCAUGUUCUGCUGGGCUCAAGAUCAUACAGGUUGGCUUCAAGAAGAAAGCAAAAGUGGCUCCUCCUCCACCACAGAAAGACCUGAAGAAAGAAAUUGAGGAUUUCAAAAAAACAUUAAAGAAGUUAACACCCAAAGCUGCUCAAAAGAAGGAAAUUGAUCCAGAUCAGGUCUGGCAAUUAUUGUUGAAUGCAGACAAAAAGGACUAUGAGAAGAUCUGCUUGAAGUAUGGUAUUGUGGACUUCCGUGGGAUGCUAAGGCAGCUUCAGGAGAUGAAGAAGGAGAGGGAGGACAAACAAGCUCAGUAUGUUUACAGUAUUGCAAACCUUAAACAUGUCAGAGUAAAUCAAGAACAAGCAAAUGCUUCGUUUGAUGUAGAGAUGGAACUGAAAAACCUGGAGAGCAGAAUUUAUCUAUACAAGGACGGAGAGAUGGUCAAUUUUAGACUCAAUGAUGACAACGUAAAGCAUUGCUUGCGGCAGGUUGGCAAAAAGUACAAUUUUAUUAUCAACGAUCUGCAGCCUGAAGAUGCUGGUGUAUAUCAGAUCAAAAUAGAAGAUGUAGAUAUCUUCUCCACUGAACUGGAAGCAGAAAACAUUCCAGUAUAUUUUCGCUAUCCACUUGAUGAGGCAAGAUGCCACGAGCAAGGAAAUGCUGUCUUUCAGUGUACCCUCUAUGAGCCCUGCUUCAAUGCUGUCUGGUUUCACAAAAAAAAUCAACUAAAGCCAAAUGACAAGUAUGAGAUCUCAGUCUCAAAUGAUGGCCUAACUCACCAUCUAGUCAUCAAAAACGCCCAGCCUUCUGACAAAGGAACUUACACCAUUGACAUCGGAAGGCGUACUUCAAGCGCCUGGCUUGAUGUUGAAUCUAAAGGAAAACGAAAACAGACGGAAAGAAUUAGUAACGAUAAAGAUGGUUGGCAGAGCAAACUAUCAAAUGAAGACCAUGCUAAGAAGCUUCGUCAAGAUCAUCUUGAUGACUCCAGCAUGGGCAAAGAUGGCCAAUAUAAGAAAGGCCAAGAUGGCAGUGCAGAAUUGUUUAGCCCCUUGGGAAAGGAGGGAUAUGUGGGAAAAGAUGGAAAGAUGAGACAGUUUUCUGCAAUAGGGACAAACAUGGCGGGUGAUAGUAAUCACCAGGUGGGACUUUAUGGUGCAGAUAGUAUAUCAGCGGGCACAGGCACGGAUGAAUUUAGUGGUGUGGGGGGAGCAGCAGGACUCAAUAGGAAGGAAGGUAUGCUAGGUUCCUUUGGUGAUCCCAGUGCUCCUGUGGGUUUGGGUGGACUUUAUGGCAGGGAAGGUAUGCCAGGUGGAACAGGCCUUGGUUGGUUUGAUAGUACUGGUGAUAUUGGUGGACUCUAUGACAAGAAUGGAAUGCCAAGUGAAGCAGGUGUUGGUGGAGCUGGGGGCAUUGGGGGACUCUAUGACAAAGAUGGCAAGCCAAUUGGAGUGGGAGUUGGUGGUGCUAGGGGUAUGGGGGGACUCUAUGAUAAGGAUGGCAGGCCAAUUGGAACAGGGCUUGAUGGUCUCUAUGACAAGGAUGGCAAGCCAAUUGGAGCAGGACUUAGUGGUGAUGUGGGCACUGGGGGACUCUAUGAUCAGUAUGGCAGGCCAAUUGGAACAGGUGGUAAUGGAUUCUAUGACAAGGAUGGCAAGCCAAUUGCAGCAGGGAUUGGUGGAUUAUAUGACAGAGAUGGCAGGCCAGUUGGUGGAUUCUAUGACAAGGAUGGCAGGCCAAUUGGAACAGGACUUGAUGGUCUCUUUGACAAGGAUGGCAAGCCAAUUGGAGCAGGAGGUAGUGUUCUCUAUGACAAGGAUGGCAGGCCAAUUGGAGCAGGACUUGGUGGUCUCUUUGACAAAGAUGGCAAGCCAAUUGGAGCAGGGAUUGGUGGAUUCUACGACAAGGAUGGCAGGCUAAUUGGAGCAGGUGGACUCUAUGACAAGGAUGGCAAGCCAAUUGGAUCAGGAAUUGGUGGAUUCUAUGACAAGGAUGGCAGGCCAAUUGGGACAGGACUUGGUGGUCUCUUUGACAAGGAUGGCAAGCCAAUUGGAGCAGGACUUGGUGAUCUCUAUGACAAGGAUGGCAAACUAAUUGUAUCAGGAAUUGGUGGAUUCUAUGACAAGGAUGGCAAGCCAAUUGGAGCAGGGAUUGGUGGAUUCUAUGACAAGGAUGGCAGGGCAAUUGGAGCAGGUGGUAGUGCACUCUAUGACAGGGAUGGCAAGCCAAUUGGAGCAGGGUUUGGUGGAUUCUAUGACAAAGAUGGCAAGCCAAUUGGAGCAGGGAUUGGUGAAUUCUAUGACAAGGAUGGCAGGCCAAUUGGAGCAGGUGGUAGUGGACUCUAUGACAGGGAUGGCAAGCCAAUUGGAGCAGGGUUUGGUGGACUCUAUGACAAAGAUGGCAAGCCAAUUAGAGCAGGGAUUGGUGGAUUCUUUGACAAGGAUGGCAAGCCAAUUGGAGCAGGAGUUGGUGGACUUGGUGGUGCUGGAAGUAUUGGGGGGCUCUAUGACAAGGAUGGCAGGCCAAUUGGAGCAAGUGGUUUUGGAUUCUAUGACAAGGAUGGCAAACCAAUUGGAGCAGGAAUUGGUGGAUUGUAUGACAAGGAUGGCAGGCCAAUUGGUGCAGGACUUGGUGGUCUCUAUGACAAGGAUGGCAGGUUAAUUGAAGCAGGUAGUAGUGGACUCUAUGACAAGGAUGGCAGGCCAAUUGGAGCAGGGAUUGGUGGUCUCUAUGACAAGGAUGGCAUGCCAAUUGGAGCAGGUGGCAUUGGACUGUAUGACAAGGAUGGCAGACCAAUUGGAGCAGAUGGUAGUGGGCUCUAUGACAAAGAUGGCAACCCAAUUGGAGCAGGGAUUGGUGGAUUCUAUGAUAAGGAUGGCAGGCCAAUUGCAGUAGGUGGUAGUGGGCUCUAUGACAAGGAUGGCAACCCAAUUGGAACUGGGAUAGGUGGAUUCUAUGACAAGGAUGGCAGGCCAAUUGGAGCAGGACUUGGUGGUCUCUAUGACAAGGAUGGCAGGCCAGUUGGGGCAGGACUUGGUGGUCUCUAUGACAAAGAUGGCAAGCCAAUUGGAACAGGGAUUGGUGGUCUCUAUGACAAGGAUGGCAAACUAAUUGUAUCAGGAACUGGUGGAUUCUAUGACAAGGAUGGCAGGCCAAUUGGAGCAGGCGGUAGUGGACUCUAUGACAAGGAUGGCAAGCCAAUUGGAGUAGGGGUUGGUGGACUCUAUGACAAGGAUGGCAGGCCAAUUGGAGUAGGACUUGCUGGUCUCUUUGACAAGGAUGGCAAGCCAAUUGGAGCAGGAGGUAGUGUUCUCUAUGACAAGGAUGGCAGGCCAGUUGGAGCAGGACUUGGUGGUCUCUAUGACAAAGAUGGCAAACCAAUUGGAGCAGGGAUUGGUGAAUUCUACGUCAAGGAUGGCAGGCCAAUUGGAGCAGGUGGUAGUGGAUUCUAUGACAAGGAUGGCAAGCCAGUUGGAUCAGGAAUUGGUGGACUCUAUGACAAGGAUGGCAGGCCAAUUGGGACAGGACUUGGUGGUCUCUUUGACAAGCAUGGCAAGCCACUUGGAGCAGGAGGUAGCGUUCUCUAUGACAAGGAUGGCAGGCCACUUGGAGCAGGUGGUAGUGUUCUCUAUGACAAGGAUGGCAGGCCAAUUGGAGCAGGACUUGGUGGUCUCUAUGACAAGGAUGGCAGGCCACUUGGAGCAGGGAUUGGUGGAUUCUACGGCAAGGAUGGUAGGCCAAUUGGAGCAGGUGGUAGUGGACUCUAUGACAAGGAUGGCAGGCCAAUUGGAGCAGGACUUGGUGGUCUCUUUGACAAGGAUGGCAAGCCAAUUGGAACAGGACUUGGUGAUCUAUAUGACAAGGAUGGCAAGCCAAUUGGAGCAGGGUUUGGUGGACUGUAUGACAAGGAUGGCAGGCCAAUUGGAGCAGGCAGUAGUGGACUCUAUGACAAAGAUGGCAAGCUAAUUAGAGCAUGUAUCAAUGGCAUAACUUUUUCUGGUGAAAAUGGAGUGCAUGGGCUGUAUGGUAACGAUGGCAUGGCAAUUGGUGCAGGCACUGGUGAACCUGGUAAUAUUCAUAAUGUUGGAGAUAUUGGUGGACAUUAUGGCCAGAAUGGCAUUACAGCUGGAGGAGUCACUAGUGGUGUUGGAGGAAUAGGUAGUCUUUAUGGCAAGAAUUUCCUAGGUGCAACAAGCACUGCUGGACCUGAUAAUUCUGGGGACACUGAUGGGGUGUAUGGUACAAAUGGUUUGUCAGGUGGAGUUGGUGGUGCUGGUGGAGUUUGUGGAAGCUAUGAGAAGGAUGGUAUGCUAGUUGGAGGUGAUGGUGCUGUGGGGAGAGCUAGACUCUAUCAAAAGGAUAGAAUGCCAAAUGGAGCAGCCUCUGAUGGAGUCAAUGGACUACAUGGCAAGGAUGGCAUCCUAAAUGGUAGUGGUGCACCUGGUGAUGCUAGAGGGUUUGCUAGAAUGUAUGGUAAAGAUGGUAUGCUAAUUGGAGCAGGAGGUUCUGAGGGAACAGCUGCAUUCUACGGGAAAGAUGGCAUGCCAGCUGGGAUAGGCCCUGGUCGUGCUGGGGAUAUUAGUGGGCUGUAUGGCAAAGAUGGACCUGAUGCUGCUGGCAGAUUAGUUGGACUUCAUGGAAGAGAAGGUAUACUGGGUGGAAUUGGUGCUGGAGUAGCAGACAGUGCUCGAGGAGCAGGUAGAUUUCAUGACAAGGAUGGCAUGAUAAGUGAAGUUGGCGGUGCUGGGGGAGCAACUGGACUCUAUGGAAAGGAUGGCAUGUUGGAUGGGGUAGGAGCUGGUGGACCUGGUGGUGCUAGGGUUGGAGCUGGAUUCUUUGGCAAAGAUGGUAUGCCAGUUGGAGCAGGUACUGGUGGCACUGGUGGAAUUUAUAGCAUGGCAGGUGGAUCCAGUUCUGGGGAAGCAAGUGACCUCUAUGGCAGGGAUGGUUUUCCAGCUGGAGUAGGUACUGGUGGAGCUAGAGGAGUUGAUAGUCUCUAUGGUAAGGAUGGUAUGCUACAUGAAAUUGGUGCUGUUGGUACUGGGUAUGGUGAAGGAGGAUCGUUGGGCAAUAGAAGAAGGCAGUUGUCAGAUUUAGAUGUCAGUGGACUUAUUUCAGCUGAUGCUUCAAGUGGCAGAGACAGAAAACGGAGAGGAGGAAGUUUGCUGGAAGAUGACAUAAGAGAACCACACAGCCGUUUUACUCAAGGUUUGUUUGAUGUCCAUGCUCAGAAAGGAAGACAAGCUGUGUUAUCUUGCAGCCUCAACAAUGAUCAGCUUGAGGGAAUCUGGUUUAAAGAUGGCUUCAAGAUAACAGACCUGGAUGGAGUCUCUAUUAAGAAAGAGGGUCAAUUCCACAAACUAAUAAUAGAUGAAGUACAAGAUAAGCAUGCUGGAAAAUACAAAUUUGAAGCUGAAGGUGUCCGAACAGAGGCUUCUAUAUUUGUUGAAGAUCCUCCAAAUGUCAACUCUGAACUUCUGGAAAAACUGAAAAAGGAACCUAUAGUAGUAAAGGCAGGAAAGAACGCUAUAGUGAAGAUCCCAUUUGAAGGCCAGAAGCCAAUCAGAUCAUCUUGGCUAAAAGAUGAGGGUGAACUUCUGGAUGAUGCCAGGAUCAACACUGAGUAUUCAGACAAUUACACUCGGCUCUGCAUAUCCAGUGCGAACCGGAAGGACUGUGGGGAUUACAAAGUGAAGCUGAGAAAUGAGAGUGGAAGCACUGAAGCUACUUUCAAACUGAUAGUGAUUGAUAAGCCACAGCCACCAACCGGACCCAUAGAAGUUGUGGAGAGUUCCACAAGUGGCAUAACCAUCCAGUGGAAGCCCCCCAGAGAUGAUGGUGGCAAACCAAUUCAGAGUUAUGUUAUUGAAAGGCAGCAAGUUGGCAGAAAGACAUGGGUGACAUUAGGAGAAACCACUGGAAACAGUACUAUUUUCACUACCAACAAAGUAGAACAAGACAAACGUUAUUACUUCAGGGUGAGGGCAGUGAAUGCAGAGGGUACCAGUGAAGUGCUUGAAUCUGAUGAAGUGAUGGCUGCUUCCAAAGUUUUUCCUGGUCCUCCUGCUCCUCCUAAAAUUAUCAGUGCCAACAGGGGUGCCAUCACACUCUCAUGGGCAGCACCGCAUAAGACAGGAAACUCUCGGAUCUUGGGAUACACAGUUGAGAAAAGCAAGAAAGGCAGCAAUACCUGGAUACCUGUCACAGAUUUGCCCAUUACAGAGAAGAAGUAUACAGUAACUGAUCUGAAAGAAGGAUUGCAGUAUGAAUUCCGUGUGGCUGCUAUUAAUAGUGCAGGAACUGGUGAAGCCAGUGCACCUUCAGAAGCUGUUUUUGCUCGAGAUCCCAUGCAGCCUCCUGGUCCAGUGAAGGAUCUUAAGGUGGUGAAUACUGACUACUGCAGUAUCUCAUUGUCAUGGACAAAACCAGGGACAGAAGAAGAAAGUCCUGUAAAAGGCUAUAUUGUAGAAAUGCGACACACUGAUAUGCUGAAGUGGACCCAAUGUAAUGCCCUCCCAAUACCAAUGACAGCAUAUAUUGUUAGAGGACUAAAACCCAGGGAAAUGUACUUCCUUCGGGUGAGAGCUGUUAAUGAUGGGGGGUUUGGUGAACCUGUAGAACUUGACAGUUAUGUCCAAACUAUACCUCCCAUUGUUCAACCCAAGGUCUUAGUAAAGGACACUGUCAAAAGCUUUAUGAUUGUAAAAGCAGGGGAUACCAUUCGUGUACGCAUUCCCUUUGAAGCUUCCCCACCUUCUGAAGUGCAUUGGCUAAAAGAUGGGCAUGUUCUCACUGCAAAGGCCACAACUGCCACAAGAGAAGGUGUGAGCCAACUUAUUAUACCAGCAGCUGACUUUUCUGACAGCGGGCAUUAUUCCAUUGUCCUGCAAUCUGAACAUGGGAAAAAAGAGACCUUCAGCUUCCUAGUUCAAGUUCUAGAUGUCCCAGAAGCUCCUGGCCCUAUACAGCUUGUUGAAAGAGUCCCUGAUACAGUGACUCUGAUGUGGGAGCCAUCCCCAACAGAAAAGAGAGACAGAAAUCUAAACUAUAUGGUAAUGAGACGUGACUCCAGCAAAGGAUCGUGGAAUAUGGUGGCUGAUCUGAUAUACACCAACAAGUGCACUGUUGCAAAUUUUGUCCCAGGCCGGGACUAUUUCUUCAGAGUUCUAGCAAAAAAUUAUAUGGGAGUAAGUGAGCCUUCUGAAACUGUGCAGCCCUGGAGCAUUCACAAAGAAAGGGGUAAGUUUGAAGUCAAGCUUCCAAAGUACAAGGGAAUCAACCAAAAACAACCUCCAAGAUUCCUUGUUCAACUGAAACCUCAUGUAGUGACUUUGGGAUUUGAUUGUUACAUGAGUUGUGCUGUGACUGGCUAUCCAUCACCUAAGGUAACGUGGUACAAAGAUGGCAAGAACAUCUCCAAAGAUCCAACCUUCUUCAGCAAAAAUGACCUUGGAGUCUGUUCGCUGGUGAUCCCAGGAGUUGCAGCCUCAGAUGCUGGCCAAUACAUGGUGGUGGCCACCAAUGAGCUAGGUGAAGCAAGUAGCAAAGCUGGACUUAGCAUAAAAGCCUGACAGCUCUACCUGGCACAGCAAGUGUGAGCAAAACAGAAGCUGUUAUUUUCUACACUUUUCCAUAACUGGAAAGCCAACUGAAAAGAUGCAUGCACUCCUGUCUGAUUCCAAUAGUUCUGCAAAGAACAAAAUACAAGUACACUUGCCAUAGCCUUUCAUGGAAAGACCACAGAAAAAGGGGACAGUAAUUGAGAUGGGCCACAGCAAGAAAAGUUAGCCAUGGAAGAAAAAUGAUGAUUUAUGCAUAUCAAUAGAGUGCCAACUGAAAAUUUGAAAAACCCAUAGAAAUAUGUGCUAGAAAAUACUUUGAACUAAUCCACUCUGAGAUCUGGACUGUGGGAUGUUCUGACUAUGUAUAAGGAAGUCCAACUUGAAGAUAUUGUGUGUGGAUGUUUUGCAAGAAGAGUUUAAACAUUUGGAAUUGUUCAGUUAAAGUACAUCAAGAUUCAUUGUAGAGAUCUCAUUUGUUCCAUACAUCAGUUUGGUUGCACCUGUUCAAUAUCAGUGAAGUUGACAAAUAAUGGAACUGGGAGAAUGCCACCCUUAUAAUAUGUGGGGUAGCAAAGACAGAUUUCAAAAUACAAUUAACUUUAAAGUACAAAUGAAAAUAUUUUUAGAAAUUCUAACAGCAUUUCCUUAAUCAACAAGGAUCAAAUAAGUGUUUGGGUGUUCGUUUAACAGCGGGUUGCAUCUUGAUCCUGCCCCCCAAUGUCCCAAUAAAAUUGAAGUUUUCUUGCACUCUGCAUUUUCACUUGAACUAAUAGCAGCUGAGGUUAUUAUUUUAAACCAUUCAGUGAACCAUCUCUGCAGAAGCCUAAUACAGAAUAGCAAAAAAAUAUACAGCAAGGUAGUAUGAAUAUGUGGUGUGACUUUUACUCCACCCUGUCAACUAUAAUUCCAGAAGCAGAUGGAUUAUAAAGUUUUUGCUCUGUAAUAUUAGACCGAAACAACAUUUUAUUCAUAUAUCUUUAAGUAAUGCCACAUUUGUUCAUGCUCAUAAUUAGUCGGGAGUCUGCUCCCAAAUAUCUGUCUCAAAUGCAUGGUUGUAGUGACUGCAGUGUGUUUCAUUUGGGAUGUAGGGAUCUGUACAAAAUUUCAUUGAGCUGUCAUGGCAUCAGACUGCUUACAAGAGGCUAAAUCUACCCAAGAAGUUAAAGUAAGGUAUAUUUUAUGCAGCUUUGUAGUUUAUGGGCCAAAGGAAUAUAAAAACAUAUUAUCAAACCAAAGCAAGGAUGAUCCUCUCUCUAAAUAAUCUACCAGUAAAGUCUUGAGCAUUUGAACUUGGGCCAGUAGUAUGGCUCAUCUUUCCUAGUUCAGGUUUUCAGCAGUGAUCCUCUUACAAGGUAAGAAGCCAUUUCAGCUAGAGAUGUGUAUGUGUAUGCCAAUGAUUUUACACUGUCUAAUAUGUCUGUUCUGAUGCUUCUUCAGUACACCAUUGUUGUAUGCGAGCAUUACUGGCAGGGCAAUGAUAUGAAAAAUUUCUUUUGUUGAGAGUGGUUAUAAAUCUUCAAGAUAUGACAAGACGAAGGAAUUCAGAAGAAAAAAAAGUUUCACCACCAGAGGGAGUCCUCCUGAGCAGAGGAACAAGUGCAAUAAAACCUUCCCAUAUCCAUAGAUUUAAUAUCACGAUUUCACAUAUGCACACUCCAAAAAUAUUCCCUUCUCACAGAAGUAGUGGGUCUUUGUAGGUUCUCCAGCCUCAUUCUUUGGCAUGUUUCCAGCCCAGUUACAGUCAAAAUAUAGGAUUCACUAUUAUCCAUGGAGGGGUUUGGGACAUAUCAUCCCACAGAAACUGUACUCAACAGGCUGAAAUCAUUUGUUGCUUUCAUAGAAAAAGUGAGAGAGAAAGGUGAAGGGAUUGUUCUUGCUAGUGCUUUUAAUUUUGUUUGGUUUUAAGAAACCAUGAUCUUUGGUGUUUUGACAGAUGAAAAAACUCAGCAAAAUCACCACAAAGAAAUUUUUAUAUGUUUGGUUUUGCAUGGCCCUAAAAUGUUUUUUUAAAUGAUGGGUGACACUUGGAGUGACAAAGCUGAUUUUAAUAAACUUGGUAUGGAAAAAUAA